AAACUUCUGGUAAGUCGGCUCUAGUGCAUCUUACUCAGUUGGACCGUUCGUGUCGGGUGGUGUAACCUCUUCUGAAUUGAAAAUCAUGACAUUAACCGUCGCCUGCAGAGCAACAGACCAGGACAAGCACAGGAACGAUGUCAAUUCCUUACUGUUCCACAAGGGAAAGCUGUACAGCGGUGGCGACGACGGCCUGGUGAAGGUGUGGUCUGACGACUUGGUGAAGCAACAAGAAGUCCAGGCGCACGCCUCGUCCGUAUACAGCUUGGCGGCUAGCGAGGACAGCUUAUAUUCUUGCUCCAACGACGGCACCGUUAAGCAAUGGGACCUGAACACGCUCGCGCCCAAGGGAACCCUCAUCGACGAGAAGCAAAAGGAAUUCUACAAGCUGGUUUAUGCUAUCGGCAGGCUGUUCGUCGCUGACAACGAAGGGAACGUGAAUGUAUAUAAAGACAACAAGUACCAAGGACAGGUAGACGUGGCGGAAAACGUCAAAGAUUUGGUCGUCAGCGGUCACUUUAUAUUCACCGUCAAGGAUUUGGACCUCAUCGUUGCGGAAAUCAAGCUGGACGGGGAUUCCGUCCAGUACGGCUACAAGGCCGAGUUCAUGGGCCGCGCGCCGGUCACUCUAAUCGGCGACAAGCUGUUGGCGUUCGUCGCCAGAGAAGGCAAGGAGAUUCUGCUCCAUCAAAAUAGCGAGGCUGCCAAGUUCGGCCAGGCUGCCCGUAUCGCUCACGGCUCGGAGCUCAUCAUCAACGCGUUAGCAGGAGCGCAGUGGGGCAACGAGGAGGUCCUCUUCAGCGGCGGUUGGGAUAAACUCGUGAGGAAAUGGAAAAUUAGAAACGGGUCGCCUAGUGACGAAGGCAGCGCCAACGUGGACAUCGUGGUGAACUCGUUGGCCACAGGAAGCGCGGGAUCGGUUUACGCCGGCGGCAGCGACGGCCAUCUUGUGCGGGUCGAUGUCAGUUAGAGGAAAGUCCGCCCUAACUUGUUAAAAUUAAGUUAAGCACUUUGAUUAUGUUACUGAUACGUAAAGAGCUGUCAGUUGCUGUGGCAUGGUUGUUUAUAGAAUGCGAAUUGCGAGCUAACACUUUGUACUUCUUGGAAAUAAACGAUGGUUGAG